GUCCGAGUUGUCCCGACCCCUGGUAUAACGACACGAAGGCGAUCAGUCCAAACAAGUCCCGAAUACUAUGUAUGCUAAAUUGGGUUGACUGCUCUUAUACCAAAGAUGACAUAUGAAAGGAAGCAACAAAGUAGGUUGACCGGAAGGAUCAACAAAUCAGUGUAUAAUAUAUCACCGCCGAGUCUAGUGAAAUCAAGAUGGAUGCAGGUCAUCCUCCUUGGGAUUAAAGUCAUUGCACUUGUGCUCUUCUACUAUACAUUUUCAAUUAGUCUCACAUUCUACAACAAAUGGCUAUUUCAGGAUUUCAGGUACCCACUUACUAUCACCAUCAUUCACCUUGCUGUGAAGUUUGUUUUAGCUCUUAUUGUUAGAAGUCUGCUCAGAGCUUGUACCUCAAUAAAACCAGUCUCUCUCAACUGGACAACGUAUCUUAAGAUGGUCACACCAACAGGCUUGACAAGUGCGUUGGACAUUGGAUUUUCAAACUGGAGUCUUGUAUUCAUUACCAUCUCCUUGUACACAAUGUGCAAGUCAUCUGCAAUCAUUUUCAUCCUCAUCUUUGCAAUAGUUUUCGGCCUCCAAAAGCCGCAUUGGAUGCAGGUUAUCAUUGUGGUGCUCAUAGCUGUGGGUCUCUUCAUGUUUACGUAUGAAUCAACUCAAUUCAACCUUGAAGGAUUUAUCUUAGUGCUUGCGGCAUCUGUUCUCAGUGGUCUGAGAUGGUCAUUAGCACAAAUAUUAACUCAAAAGCAAGAAACAGGUCUACAUAAUCCUAUAGAUAUAAUAUACCAUCUACAGCCUGUGAUGAUAAUUGGGUUGCUCCCACUUGCUGUCGGUGCUGAAGGAGUAAAGCUCUGUACAACGGAGGCCUUUCUAGGUUUUAGUGAUAUUCAGGUGCUUAUAGGAACAUGUGCCAAACUUCUGCUUGGAGCUUGUUUGGCUUUUAUGUUAGCCAUGUCAGAAUACUUACUUCUACGGCAAACAUCAACGCUAACUCUGUCAAUAUCAGGAAUAUUUAAGAUGAUUCAAGUUUGUAUCAUUCCCACAGAAAUCCUGAGACCCUUUUAAAAACAGUUAAUAGUGAACUGAGGAAAGUCACUUUGUGGAUUCAAGCAAAUAAAUUAUCUCUAAAUAUGCAGAAAACAAAUUAUAUGCUCUUUAGCAACACGAUAAGAGAAGUUCCAGGUGAUGUUAUAUUUAAUGAUGUGUUAAUAAAUUUCUGGGGUUGCAUAUAGAUGAAAAACUGAUUUGGAAAACCCAUAUAAAUCAUCUAUGUAAGACAUUAUCAAAAAAGAGUGAUGUAAUAUACAAAUUGAAAUCCUUUUUCUCUACUGAUAUUCUUUGUAUGAUGUAUUCAACACUAAUUCUCCCGUAUCUCAAUUACGGUGUUCUUGCAUGGGGUAAUUCUCUUAAAACCAAUCUAGAAAGGGUGUACUUGAUUCAGAAAAAAGUUUUAAGAAUUGUUUGUAAUGUUAACUAUCGCUCGCAUACUACCCCACUUUUUUAUGAGCAUAGAAUUCUAAAAUUACAAGAUAUCUAUGAUUUUCAACUUGGUACUUUAAUGUAUGCAUACAAUGCAGGCAUCAUGCCACCAGCUCUGGUCACAAUGUUCAUGAAAAAUAGUGACAUACAUAACUAUUAUACACGAAAUGCUUCUGCAUUCCACUUACCCAAGUUACAUACAAGUUUUGCUUUUAGGACAGUUGUAAAUACAGGACCCAGGUUCUGGAACUCUCUCAAUUCAAAUAUAAAAAAAUCGGUAAGCAUUUAUACUUUUCAGCGUGUACUCAAAGUUAUCUUCUUAAUUGUUAUUUGUGAGUUGCUCUAGGUUAAGAUAUGCUUUUAUAUACUAUGUUAUUUUUAAUUUUGGAGCCUAUAAAACUGUAUAUAAGACUGGAGAAUGUUAUGAUAUAUCAAUAUAUAUUUAUCUUGUAUCUUGUCUAACUGGAUUCUUCUGCAGAGGAUCAGCCCAUGUUUUUUUCCUUUUGUAUUCUUUUCUUGUGUUUUUUUUACCUUUGUCAUGUUUUGUUUUUUUACUUUACUAUUAUUAUUUAUACAUACGAUCGUCCUCUUUUUUUCAUGCCAUGUUAUCCAUACUUAUUUCCUCUUCCAUCAUAUAUCACUUAAUUAUAUCAUAUUGUUGUUAGUUUAUUAGACUUCAUAACUGUACAUUCAAGCAAUGUAUUCUAUUAGUGUGUGUUUUUUUGUCAUUGAUUAGUUUUAGUUUGUCUUUUUUGUUUUAUUGUUGCAUUUUUUUUUGUUUCUUUUGUAUUUUUAAAGAUAUUACAUGUCAACACUGAAUACUAUUCAGUCGUGUACUUGAAACAAAGGAGACCCUAGCCUUACAAGCCUUGCUUUUUCAGGGGUUCUCCUUGUCUUUCUCUCAAUACGUUUAGUUAUUUGCUAUGUUUCUUUUUUUCUACUGUAACAAUGAUUUAUGGUUAAUUGAUUUUUUUCAUUUGUAGAAUGUGAAAUCAUACUUGUAAGAUAAAAUGUAUGUGCAGAAAGAAAGACAAAUAAAUAUCUUAUCUUAUCUUAUCUUAUCUUAUAUGGUUCAGUCAGGUUGGUCCUUAAUUGUCAAAUCUGUAAAAAAUUAAAUAUUGUGUAAUUCGAACAAUAAAAAACAAAAGAAAUAGUGAGUGAGGGACAUCAUCAUCUGUCUCAUUUGCAUAUCACUGUUUUGUGAAAAAUAAGCGAAACUUUAUUUUUGUCAUAACUUCCUUAUUUUACAUCCUAUUAUGAAAUUUUCAGUGUUAUGAUCGUUUGAUUUUUCUUUGUUUAUUCAAAUCAACAUUUUCUGGGGUGGACUUGACCUUUAAACUACUAAGGAAGGACAAAAAGUUAUAAAUUUACAAAGUUAUUUUCAGGGAGAGCUAAAUGCAGUUGAAUUCCUCCCGUUUGUAGAAGGUGACUGUCUGCAAAUACUUUGGUGCAGAUUUUAUUACAUGUAGUUUGGCUGGUUGGGUGUUAGAGAUGGGAACCAUAAUUUUUAUACGCCCGUCCUACGGGACGGAUAAUGGUAUCACGCUCAGUGUCUGUCCGUCCGUUAACUUUCCUUGUAAACGCGAUAACUUCAGUUUAACUUAACCUAGGCUUAUAUAAUUUGUUGUGUAUGAUACUAGCAUGGAUCCCAGGAUGCCUAUUGAUAUUGAGGUCAAAAGGUUAAAGGUCAAGCCCACAGUGACAUGUUUUCAUCUUACCCUUCUGCUGUCCUUGUAAACGCGAUCACUUCAGUUUAACUUGACCUAGGCUCAUAUAAUUUGGUGUGUAUGAUACUACAUGUAGCAUAGAUCCCAGGAUGCCUAUUGAUUUUAAGGUCAGAGAGUCAAAGGUGAAGUUGCCACCUCCCACUUUUCUUGCUUGACCAAUAACUCCAUUUUCUGCGUUACAGGCUGGCUUAUUAUUUGCUCGCCUUAGCAACACUCUUGUUUAAACAUACCCUGUCCAUGAUGAUCAGUAAAUAGGUUCAGGCAAAUCAAAGGAUGCAUGGAUCCAUGGGGCAGAAAAAAACUCAGUGAGAUGAAACCUGUGAUGAAUCUUAGUACUCUCUAUUUUGAUGCUAAAUGUUCGAAGGAUAAUUUAUAUGAAGUGUUGCGGCCCACACACUGCUUAUAUGUGAGCUGUGCCAUGCAGGCAGGCAGAGCCUCUAACCAUUUGAAAUUCAGAAAUUUGAAUUGAAAUGUGUUACCAAACAUUCAAAUGGUAAAAAAAAAAGGUAUUUGCCCCUGUUCUUGUAGAUAAGUCUUAUUUGUUGUACAUUUCAAAUUUCUUUUACCGGUAAUUGCUUUGAAAUGUCAGCAAAAAUUGCCCCUUCGCACUUUCAACAGCUUCUCAAUGAGUAUCGCCCGAUCAGGCAGCUAUGUUCAAGUAACAAAGAUGUUUGUCCCCCUUAAUAUAAACACAAUUUCAUAUGGACAAAGAGCAUUCCAAUAUUCAGUCCCUCAACUUUGGAAUAAACUUCCAGAUAAUAUUAAAGAAUGUCCUUCUCUUAAUCUAUUCAAGCCUUUGUUAAAGUGAUACCAUUUCCAAAGAUAAAUUCAAAUUUUCCUAUAAAUGUUGAUGCAUUAUAUGUAAUUCAGUCUCGAUUUUGUAUAAUGAUGUAUUUAGGUUCAAUAUGAUUGUUUUUCCUAUAUUUCUCCCUUUCUCACUCUACCUUUACAGAGUGCUAAGUUAAAGUAUUAAAGUAUUUUCUUGUCACAUUGAUAUUUUAUGGGACUCUCACUGCAUAUUCUUUGGAGCCUUCAACCAACAAGUUUUGCUUUUACUUUUGGCUCCCUCAUAUCCAAAUCUCUCAUUUUCUUUGUCAUUAUUUUAGAACCAAUUACAAGAAUACAUUCUAGUACUUUUUUUCUAUUAUAUUAUGUAUACAUUUCAUAUUUUACAACAAUAUUUAUUUAUUAUCUAUGAAAAUUUGUAUUGUAUAAUAUUGUUUUUAUUGAGUUGUUGUUUGAAAAUGUGAAAUGUUGAUGAGAAUAAACCUUGAACCUUGAAUUGUAUUGUUAUUAAACAUCUAUUUCCUUCCUGUUCUGAAUAAUAAAAUGAAAAUGCAUCCAUAUUUGUAGAAAUG